CGAUAAUGAAUGUAAACAAACGUUUACAUUCAUUAUCACAUUGUAGCAAUACAAUGUGGCGGAAAGUGCAACAGAAUUUGUAAUACCAAUAAGUUCAAUUUUGAGGACAGCAUAAAAUCAAUUAAAAAAAUAUAGGUAAUUCUUAAAAUGAUCCUACGUUAAAAUGUUUAGUAAUUACGACCGUUUAAAAAAACGUACACCAAAAGAAGGAAUAGAUCGACGAGAAUAUAUCUCGCUACUCGUGGACGAAUACUACGAAACGAACAAUCUAGAAGCCCAGCAACAAGUGACAGCUAAUUUAGCAAACUUCGCCUACGAUCCAAUCAACUGGAACUUCCUGAAGCAGUCGAAGACUCACGAACUUUUCGUGGAAAUUUUGAAUGGUGCCGUGGAUUCAUCGUUGCUGGUCCACGCAGCAGCUGGAAUUUGCAAUCUAUGCCUUGAUGCCGAAAUCUCCGAAUACGUUAGACGCGGUGGAACUUUAAAGCAAAUCAAACUGCUUGUUCGUAAGCACAACGGAAAUUCCGAACUGAUAGCCCAUUUGCUAACAAUUUUAAUAUAUUUGGAUAACGAACCUAUUGAGGACGAAUUCCGUCAAUUGUGUGCAACUUUAAAAAAAGGAAGUAAUAGGAAAAUUGCAAACUUAGUGGAGUUAUUUAUAAAAGAUCAUGUUGCCCCAAAGUAGCGCUUAUUUUGUAGUCAAAAGGUUUUUACUUUGAGUCGAAUCUUUCGCCAGGAAGACUUGCUCCAGUUUGCAGAAUUUACCGGAGACAGCAAUCCAAUUCACCAGCAUAAAACAAGUCAACAGCGAUUUGUUAAUGGUGCUCUGUUGAAUGCCAUAACGGCGGGAAUUAUCGGUAGUAACUUUCCUGGCUAUGUUGUCGCAUCGCAGGAGUUUCGCUUUCCUAACCGAUGCCGGCUAGACGAGGAAACAAUGUUUACGGUGAAGGUUGGAGACCUUAGAAAAAUCGUUAGCGUUUCAUACGAGUGUCAGCAAGGUGGACAGACGGUGUUUGCUGGCACCGCAAAGUUGUUCGCAGUGAAGUUGUAACCGUUUUAGAAUGCUUUAGUAAAUAAAAAAAGACAUAUUUGUAAA